AUGGUGGACAUUGACUACAAACGGGAGUUGAGCGCUAGACGCGAUCAGGUCGAAGAUAUAUUCGAGUUUGAGGGGUGCAAGGUCGGUCGAGGAACGUAUGGCAGUGUCUUUAAAGCUAAGAGGAAGGGCGGUAAUGACGACAGGGAAUAUGCCCUGAAACAGAUUGAAGGGACUGGACUCUCCAUGUCAGCAUGUCGGGAAAUCGCGGUAAGCUUAUGCAGUUGUCACUCACCGUUGUAGCUUCUCAGGGAACUCAAGCAUAAGAACGUUAUAACACUACAACGUGUGUUUCUCAACCACACAAAUCGCCGAGUAUGGCUCCUUUUUGACUUCUCCGAACACGAUCUGUGGCACAUCAUCAAGUUUCACCGGACUUCCAAAGCAAACAAAACUACCUUUCCUGUUUAUCCAAACAUGGUUAAGAGCCUGAUGUAUCAAAUACUAAAUGGAAUCGACUAUCUCCAUGCCAACUGGGUUCUUCAUCGCGACCUGGUCAGUACCGGCAUAUCUUUUUACGGGGUCCGCCGUUGACUUCCCUUUUUCUUUUCUUUACGUUAGCAACGAGUCCUGUUUCAUACAAAUCACUUCGGUAUUUAUCCUCUGAUACAAACUUUCUAAGCUACGUCUAGGCUUUAUCAUGUACGAAAUAAUUGUAUCGGCGUUAUUUUGAGGUUAACUGUUUUCUCCAACCCAUGGCCGUUUUCAUAUUCCUCUAGACCUACUUUAAUCUGCUUUUCUAUGGCUUACGACAUUUCGAUUCUUCGAAUAAUGUCCACAACUUGAUCUAUUCUAGAAGCCUGCAAACAUUUUGGUGAUGGGUGAGGGACCCGAACGCGGUCGCGUCAAGAUCGGUGACCUGGGAUUUGCCAGGUUAUUCUACCAACCAUUGAAGCCACUGGCUGACUUGGAUCCCGUCGUGGUUACGUUUUGGUACCGCGCACCGGAGCUUCUCCUUGGCGCUCGACACUACACUAAGGCCAUCGAUAUAUGGGCCAUCGGUUGUAUUUUCGCGGAGCUCCUAACUUACGAACCCAUUUUCCACUGCCGACAGGAGGAUAUAAAAACAAGCACUCCAUACCACAAAGAACAACUGGAACGCAUAUUUCGAGUCAUGGGCUACCCUUCCGGUAAGCUGGAUUGUCUUUCUACCCACGUUCCUGAUUAAUGCCUGAAACAAUUGUCUUUAAUCGACACGCUUCUCGUACACUCAAUGUCCGAAGAAAUAGCACCAAGAAAAUGUUGGAUGCCCACAUACCGAAUUAGUCUGUUUUGUGCUUACAAUUCAACGACAAUGUUUUUCCUUACUUCAAAUGAUCCAUUUAUCUGACAGCUUUCAAAAUAUUAAACUAGUUAUUUAUAAAUUCACACGCUUUUAUUAAAGCUGCUGACCCUCACUCAUUUUUUAUCCCGAUUCUUCUAUUUCAGAUGAAGCAUGGCCGGACAUGCGAAAAAUGCCCGAAUAUCCUCAGCUCAUGCGCGAUUCCAUUAGCAAAAAGGCAUACGGAAAGUAUUCACUCGAGGGUUAUUUGGAGGAAAAAAAGUUCACCAUUGACAAAUAUGAAAUCUCUCUCGUAAGUUCUAGCCUACAUUCCACUUGCCUCUUGCAGCGACCUUUAGUAAACUGUGUUAACCCUUAUUUAGUUGCAGUCCCUUCUGACGAUGGACCCACUUAAGCGACCCUCGGCAGCCGAAUCAAUGAAUCACGAGUACUUUAAGAUUGGAGAAAAACCAAACGAAGAGUGAGUACACGUGUGCUUCCGUAAUAUUACAAUUAUAUAUCUGACACAUUGAUCUAUGCUGUGACUGUCAGGCCUCCGUUAAGUCCUCUCAGACGUUAUCGAUGUUUAUGGCUCGACAUGUGAUACUAUUCGAGCCAAGUUUCUUCCCGGAGGGUUUUGCACUCGGCGUUCUGCAACCGUUUCUAUAGUCCCGUUAUGCCUGUCUUCUUCAGCGCUUUUGGGAAUCUACCCAUUCCCUACCCCAAAAGAGAAUUCAUUACCGAAGACGAGCCGGACGACAAGCAGGCCUUCAACGCCGACAAAAAUCAACAUCAAGCCACGGCUGGCCGUCAGUGUCACCAUCAACAGCAGCAGCAACAGCAACAACAGAAGCAGCAGCAGCAAGCUCAGCACACAGUUUCCCACUACCCCUUACAACAACACCAGACCGGCAGUGGCGGUGGCAGCGGACCAAACGCCUCUGCGUCAGGUCCGGGAGGGCAGUCACAACCCCAACACGACCGUCAGGUAUGCCGUAGUUGACUGCAUCAGGGUCAUAUACUUAUUUUUUCAGAAGUCAAAUUCGUCUUUUAUAACUUAGCUUGGGGAGACUUAUGAUGGCAGGCACCAGGGAAAGGGGGCCCAGUAGGUAUUUGACCUUCAGAUAAGGACAGCGCUUAUUGAAACGCCUUUAAUUUGAACCAUUUCCAAACAUCCUGUGGAGAUUCAUUAUAUGCGUCUGCGGGAACCACUGACUCGCUCCGCAAUUUGAGCGGGUUACUAGUGAAUAAGGUGGACUACUCAGUCGUGAACGAACACGUAACAUCGGAUCCCGCCAUACAUGAACGCUAACAGACCCAAAGUUUGGCAGCACCAAGACGAGUUGAACAUUUCCGCAUAUCCUUACCGAAACAAGAUAUUUCGCUGGAGAAGGCCAAAAAACCGUUGGGCGGAGUUACUUUGUGGAGCGGACUGGGGAUAUGGCGGCGUUGAGCUCUCGUCUAAAACUGAAUUUCGCUGACUCCUGAACUAUGAAGUGUCCCCUGACCCUGCCUCCUUACUGAUGUUACAGUUAAGCUAUGCACCAACAGGACUUCUGGAAUGGGGCCACCACUGACAAAGUCUACGACUGUCAUAGCAAUGCUUUCAUCCUACCUCUUCAAGGUGAUUUUAAAAAAACAAUGGGAAAUGAAGUCGCAAUUUGGAAUUGGCACCACUUUUGCCUGUCUUCACGAAGGGAGCCAGGACUGUGCGCGGAUUUCGCGACAUCCCUGGGUGCCUUCUGUGUGCAUUGGACAAGAAUAUGACCAGUAGACAGCAGUCGUCUGCUUUGUCGAAUUUUCUACUGUACCCGGUUCAAUUAAUCAUGAACCGUUGUGAGAAAUAACCCAGUUGCACCUAUGUGAUAGCGGGAACGGUUUCGUCAACCACGACCUGAGACAAUCCCGUCUGUUCCCUCAUUCUUGUCCGCACCAGCACCUCACAAAUUCUGCGUACUCGCUUAAAUCUUUUCCAGGGACGCAUCCUAUCGUUCAUCCUGCUUACCCCUGUCACUAGAUGGAUUUUCGGUUUUCUCACAUGAAUGCCGACUACCUCACCGAAUGCAGUGAGGACAUGUCCCAGUGUGGAGCAAAAUCUUCAAAUUAGUCGGUUCCCCGCCAAUGCCUAGAAAGCCAGUUUUUGGAGUACUUGAAGGUUGUUAAUAAGAAUGUAGGCAAUUUCGGAAAUAUCCGCAAGGUAAGUUCUCAAUUUUACAAGUAAAUUUAUGCGUGUGGAGAGCAAGCGAGGAUUCGACUCCUUCGGUCGCCGGCGUUUGAGAACCGUCCCCCUGGCAUUGCAUAUAACCUUCAUUUUAAGUACUAGACAGGAUGAAUGAAGGCGUUAUCCACACCUUAAGCGAUGAAGUUGUGGUAAGCUCGGGACCUGGCCCUGAAUGACCAGAAGACGGACUGAGCUCGCCCUCGCCACCCGUGAGACAUCAUUGAUGCCAGGUAUAUCAGACACGCCGACGGAGAUAUACCAGGUGCAUGCAAAGAGCGGCCAUCCCUCCGGAGUACUCAUCACCCUCCUAGCUUAAGUGUGCCUUCACUGUCCCUUGUGCCCUCCUUCCCUGUCAUCUAUUAGUUAAAAACCACGCUAUUUGUUUAAUUCGGAGCAAAUUAGGAACUGUUUCCAAACCAUAUUCCGGAGGACGUUUAUUGGCACCUUGAUUACAACUGCAUAUUCCAACCCUCCGUUCAUUAUUUUUAUGUAGUGGGGCUUUGUGCUAGACCACGAUGACAGCACCCCACGUCGUAGGGUGUCGGGAAGUGGAAGUGUUCAUUGUUGCAGCCCGACCACACCGACUCUACGUCGUCUCAUUAUUAGCGGGCUGAGCGCCUAGCCUGUUUUCUCAAGUGAGAGCUCCCAGACGGCCUCCAACUUCUGAUAUUUCCUCAACCAGGUCGCCAACUGUCUGCCGUACAAGCCGACUUUUCAGACAUGUGCCACGUCUUUUACCUGUCAUAAAUGCUCUUUUGCCCUGCUAUAGUUCAUGCGUUUCCACGAGUCAUUGGGUCGCAGCACCGUCCAAUCGGCGGUUUUACGUCCUAAUCAGGAAGCCGGCUGUUUGGGCCUAUAUCGACUUUCUGAACGUCCGUUUGGGGGCAGCCGUUACCAGCCCUGGCCCUACCAAGACCCAGCCUGUCAAUCACAAUUUCAAUUACCGCCUAACAGAGGCCGACAGUGGCCAGAAACCUCAACUGUGCCUCCGCCUCAAGUCGUGCCCCCUUCUCCAAACGCUCUGACGCAAUUCGGAGGGCUAACAAUGCCCUUCCUGUCUGUAAGGGCGCCCCUCUGUGGGCGCAAACACCCACUCAACCCGUUCCGAGUUCUGGUUUGACGUUAGUUGCUAGUUGACACGUGAGACUGUGUUUCGGUUGCCACUCCUCUCUUCCGUGACUAACGCAUUCUCUUCCUGGUUUCUUAUCUGCAGCAACAUUCGGGCAUGCGCGGCUACUCGGGAAACACCAUUCCACAAUCAAGCGUGAACUACCCGCGCUAUCAGUGA